AUGGGCAAGGGCGACCUUCUGGGCAAGGAAGGCGUGGAUCCAGUCCUCGAAGCAAAGAUGCACUUGAUCAACAAUGCCAUUGACGAGAUUGGUAUGACGGGAUACCAGUGGAAGCUGUUCAUCUUGAACGGGUUUGGAUACGCCGUGGAUUCAUUGAUUCUGCUCAUUCAGUCGAUCAUCGCAGGGUAUGCACAAUACGAAUUCAAUCCUUCGUACGACAAUGGUCUGACCAUCGCCGUUUACGUGGGCAUGCUUGUUGGUGCGCUCUUCUGGGGUCUCUCUGCCGAUGUCAUUGGCCGCAAGUACGCCUUCAAUGUGUCUCUAAUGAUAUCCUCGGUAUUCUGCAUCGUCGCUGGUGCUUCCCCCAACUGGAUCGUGCUGGGCCUGUUCACCUGUCUGUCUGCGUUUGGUGCCGGCGGAAACCUCGUGCUUGACACAGCAGUCUUCCUGGAGUACCUUCCGUCCAAGGAUCAAUGGCUGUUGACCCUCAUGGCCGCAUGGUGGGGUUUGGGCCAAUUGAUUGCGGGUCUCUUCGCCUGGGCUUUCUUGCCGAACUACUCGUGUCCGGGCUAUCCAUCAGAGACUGGCGUUCCGUGCAAUUGGAAUACCAACCCAGGAUGGCGAUACGUGUGGUUCGCCAACGGUGCUCUGGUUCUUGUCAUGAGCAUUCUCCGAAUCACUGUCAUCAGACUGAAGGAGACCCCAAAGUUCUUGGUUGGCGAGGGCAAAGACGCCGAGGUUGUGGAGACUCUGCAGUUCAUCGCAAAGAAGUACAAUAAACCAUGCGGCCUGACUCUGGACCAGAUGGAAGCAUGCGGCGUCACUGGUGUUGCCAACACGGAGCGUCGCGGCUCUGUCACCGCACAUGCUAAGAGCCGAUUUUCCUUCGCCGAAGUCUGGGUGCAUCUCAAAGGCCUGUUCAUUACGAAGAGACUGGGACUAUCGACCUCACUCAUCUGGUUCUCGUGGCUCCUGAUCGGUCUCGCCUAUCCUCUGUACAACGUCUUCUUGCCAGUCUACCUCAAGACUCGUGGUGCAGCUCUCGGUGGUCUGACCCCGAGUGAGACAUGGCGCAACUACGCCAUUGCCAACGCGUGCGGCAUCCCUAGUCCGAUCCUUGCUGGGUUCAUGUGUCGAUCCAAGUGGUUCUGGGGCAGACGAGGAACUAUGAUCAUUGGUGCAUUGGUGACCAUGGCCUUCUUCUUUGCGUACACACAAGUUCGUAACAACGCCGAGAACUUGGGCUUCACAGCGGCCAUCGGCUUCUGCUUGAACAUCUACUACGGAACACUGUAUGCGUACACACCCGAGGUGCUUCCCUCCGCGCAUCGUGGCACCGGCAACGGCGUUUCCAUUGGCCUAAAUCGUUUCAUGGGUAUCAUGAGCGCUGUGAUUGCAACAUACGCCGACACCUCGACCCCGGUACCAAUCUACAUCUGCGCCGCUUUGUACAUUGCCAUGGCUAUCACUGCGGCAUGCUUCCCAUUCGAACCCAGGGGCAAUCGUAGCUCGUAG